AUGAGGAGUCCUGCAGCGUCAGGCAUCCGCGGCUACGCUGAGGACACAUUCAUCUCUGCUCAGAGUGAGGAGAGAGAGCGGGAGUGUGCAUUUAAUGACCAGCACCAGCAGGUGGAUGAGCAGAGUGUGGCUGCUGACUGGCACAUCACCAGAGAAAAUAACACCAUCCUGUGCAGCAAGAGCAGCCGCUGCUAUGGCCUGUGGGAGAAAACACACGAUGGAGAGAUUCGCCUGGUCAAACAAGGCUGUUGGACUUACAUUGGUGACCAGCAGGACUGCCAUGACGACCGUUGCGUGGUUACCACCACGCCGUCGCAGAUCCAGAAUGGCACCUACAGAUUCUGCUGCUGCAGCACCAACAUGUGCAACGUCAACUUCACAGAGAACUGGGUGCCCAGCCCCACCAGCACCACCCAAGAGCAGCAGCCUUUACACCGGGAUGAGGCCAUCUUCAUUGCCCUCGCGUCCGUCUCUAUAGUAGCGGUUUUGAUUGUGGCGCUGUUCUUCGGCUAUCGCAUGAUGAUGGGCGAGUGUAAACAGGGUCUGCACAACAUAGACAUGAUAGAGGCCGCACCGUCAGAACCAUCUCUGGAUUUAGACAGUUUAAAGCUCCUGGAAUUGAUUGGUCGAGGACGCUAUGGUUCUGUCUAUAAAGGAUCACUGGAUGAACGCCCAGUUGCCGUAAAAGUUUUUACCUACACCAACCGGCAGAACUUUGUGAAUGAGCGCUCCAUCUACCGAGUCCCUCUUCUGGAGCAUGAGAACGUUGCUCGUUUUAUCGUUGGCGAUGAGCGUCUCACGACAGAUGGGCGGAUGGAGUACCUGCUGGUUAUGGAGUACUACCCUCAUGGCUCUCUGUGUCGGUACCUGAGUCUGCACACGUUGGACUGGGUGAGCUGCUGUCGUCUGGCACAUUCGCUCACGAGAGGACUGGCCUACCUGCACACCGAGCUGCUGAGAGGAGAUUUGUAUAAACCUGCCAUUUCACACCGGGAUCUAAACAGCCGUAAUGUUCUGGUGAAGAACGAUGGCACAUGUGUGAUCAGCGACUUUGGCCUGUCCAUGAAACUGACGGGAAAUCGCCUCGUACGGCCUGGUGAAGAGGAAAACGCCGCCAUCAGUGAGGUGGGCACAAUCCGCUACAUGGCACCGGAAGUGCUGGAGGGAGCGGUGAACCUCAGGGACUGCGAGUCGGCUUUGAAACAGGUGGACAUGUAUGCCAUUGGCCUCAUCUACUGGGAGACCUUCAUGAGAUGCACUGACCUUUUUCCAGGGGAGGCAGUGCCAGAAUACCAGAUGGCCUUCCAGGCAGAGGCAGGGAACCACCCCUCCUUUGAGGACAUGCAGGUGCUGGUGUCCAGAGAGAAACAGAGACCCAAGUUCCCAGAAGCCUGGAAGGAGAACAGCCUGGCUGUGCGCUCUCUCAAGGAGACUAUGGAGGAUUGCUGGGAUCAGGACGCAGAGGCUCGCCUGACAGCACAGUGUGCAGAAGAGCGUAUGGCGGAACUGCUGCUGAUCUGGGAAAGAAACAAACCCGUCAGCCCCACUAUCAAUCCCAUGAGCACAGCGCUGCAGAACGAGAGGAAUCUCACCCACAGUCGCAGGGCUCCCAAGAUGGGCCCUUAUCCAGAUUACUCUUCAUCCUCUUACAUCGAGGAUCAUGAGGGCAUGGUGAAGAACCUCCCAGGCGACGUCUCUACGUCUGGCACAUCCUCUGUGGGUGGCCUGGGCGUGAGCGGCAUCAGUGGUGGCGUGGCAGUGACGGGAGAGAAGAACAGAAACUCUAUCAACUACGAGAGACAGCAGGCUCAGGCCCAAGCUCGGCUGCCUAGUCCCGAGACCAGCGGCACGAGUCUGUCCGCCACAACCACUACGAUGGGCCUCACGCCCAGCACCAUGAUGACCACCAUCUCUGAAUCAGGCCACUCGGAGGAGGCCGGAGCCGGGGGAAGCGUACCAGUGUGCCUUCAGCUCACAGAAGAGGACCUGGAGACCACCAAACUGGACCCCAAGGAGGUGGACAAGAACCUGAAAGAAAGCUCUGAUGAGAACCUGAUGGAACAUUCACAGAAGCAGUUCAGCGCUCCUGACCCACUCAGCUCAGGCAGCUCCAGCCUCUUGUUCCCGCUGAUAAAACUCGCCGCAGAAGUGACUGGUGGAUCAGGAACUGGCAGCCAGGCCGAUUUUGGGGUGGGCGGCAGUGGAAUGGGCGACACUCCUACAGCCAUGUUCUCUCUUCCCAAACAGCAGAAUCUCCCCAAGCGGCCCACCAGCUUGCCCCUCAACACCAAAAAUUCUGGCAGGGAGUCCUCGUCAUCACGGUUGAAGUUUGGCAAGCACAAGUCCAACCUGAAGCAAGUGGAGACGGGCGUAGCCAAGAUGAACACUGUAGUGACAGUUGAGCCACACUUGGUCACUGUUACUAACAAUGGACCCAGUGUCCGUAGCGGCGUUGGAGUGGUCGUUGUUAAUGGAUACGGUGGGGGCAGUGGCGCCGGAUCCUCUGAUGCAUUUGGUAACACAAACCCAGCCGGGCCACAGGGUGACGGUGGUGCCCCUCUGCUCCAGAGCCAGCUGAGUGGAGAAGACAACCGUCUCAACAUCAACUCCAGUCCUGACGAACAUGAGCCCCUGUUGAGGAGAGAGCAGCCGGCAGCGCGCGAUCACUCCGGCCGCACCAACUCCAAUAACAACAACAGCAACAUCCACACAACUGCCUCUGCCACGAUUCAUACCUUAGUUCCUGUAGACGCCCAGAUGACAUUAACCCACUCUCCAGGGGCACCAGAUGGAAGGGAUGAUGGCGUUCAUCUGAGACAGCAUAAGCCCAGGAGACCUGAGCGGCCAAACUCACUGGACCUGUCAGCAACUUCCCAGGAUUCUUCUCUUCUGGAUGAGGUCGUGUCACAAGAGGGAAAAGACGGAUCGGCCGAGAAGAUUAAGAAGCGUGUGAAGACACCUUAUUCUUUGAAAAGGUGGCGUCCUUCUACAUGGGUCGUCUCUACAGAAACGCUGGGCGGAGAGGUGAAUAACAACGGGCACAGCCAGAAGAUGGGGACGGCAGCCACUGGAGGUGGUCACCCAAGUUCUGGCCAAUCAAAAUCCAGCAUCGCAGUGUUCCUGGUCAGCGGUGGAACUGCAACCGCCACUCUAACCUCCGACCCGCCAGAUAUGACCUGCCUGUGAACUCGCAUCUCCGCUUUUCCUCUGAGGACGAGCCCAGAUCAGAUUUUGAACACAGGAGGGGUUUGUCUAUGCUAUCGUGCUCCAAGAACUGAUCCAGCUGAUGACCGAAAAGAGAGUUUUUGGAAAGCAGACUCUUGAAGGGACGUAAUUUGGCAAGCACUUAACUUUGUCAAACUUAUCCAACAUGUUUUGAAGAAAUCGCUUUAAACCGAACCCAGCUAUGCAGCAACAUUGGUAUAAAAUGCUUCCAUUUGUUUGUUUUUUUUGUUUUGUUUUUUUUCAAUCAAGUAUGAUUCUUGUAUGGUUGUUCUUUCAUUUGUUGCGCUUUUUUUUGUAAGUAAUCUUAAUCACAGAUCCUCCGACCAUGUUAAAGACUGGUCUUAAAACUGAAAGACGUAAACGACAAUGUGUUGAUUUAACAAUCAUUGUAGAUUGGGCGAAAUUGAAAUCAUGUCCAUCUAAAAAAGGCAUCCAAGAUCAAAAAUAAACAAAAAGCAGUGGUCUUUAAGACAGGGUUGACUGCAUCUCUAAUACCUUUUAACCCACAAUACAUUCAUAUGUUUUAUAUUUGUUGUACGUAUCUGUGUAGUCAGUUUUUUGUAUCAUAUUUGGAAAUGUGCAAUAGACUUUAGCUUUGAGGUGCUCCAUAAGACAAUUUCAUUUUGCCGCUUUUGUUUGUUUCUUGUCUUUAGUUUAUUAUCUUGAAGCGCUGCUCUUAGCAGUGGCAAUCCUGUGUCCAUUCAGCUACCCUGACUGCUUUUGAGAAACAUUGAAACUUCUUAUAAAUGACAAUCCUACACCUUUUCACCAAUCCCAUCACUCAUGAAAUGGAAAGUAAAUGGAAAAUCUUGGGGCGUUUGCUUUAAUUACUAGAAGUUCAUAACAGACAACUUCUCACAAGCUUCAACAAGGACAGUAGGUUUUUUCUGUUACACUACAAGUCAGGCAUCAACCUAGACUGUUUGCUGGAAAUCAUGCUCUCUGAAGACACUGAAUAAUCAAGUCCCUCUCUGCACAUGCUCAGUGCAGUUUUACCUCUGUGAGAGUGUAUGUAAAUGUGUAUGUGUGGGUCUGUUUCUGCUUUACGGUAACUGAGCUCCUCGGAUCACAGCUGAAAAGGUAUCAGUCAAACGAGACUUUUCACUUCCCAUCUCUGCCAGGACAAUGGACGUUUGCUUGGUGUGCUUCAGAAAGCCAACACACACGUACAUACGACCUGAACAAUAUAUAUACAGUAUGUACAGACUGAAGCUCACAGCUACUUUAGUUUUAACCUCCGGUUAAGAUAAGCUGACAUGAUUGGUGUACAUUAAGAAAUCAUGAUUUGAUUCAUUUUAGCUGUUUCUGAAGAUAUUUUUUUUUCUCUUUAUUUUUUCAAAUGUUUAAUUUAUGUAGUAUCCAGGGCCAUCUUCAUUCUCUGGGUUUAUUAUUCUCAUGAAAUCGAAUCGGUAAGUUGUUUAUAAUCAUGUAAAAUUAUCUUAUUUCAAUGAUACUUUCAAUCAAAUACAUCAGAAAUGCAUGUAGUUUCACCCUUCUUUUGCAAGUCAAUCAUGUACAUUUGACGAGGGAUUGAGCCUUUUUUGGUGCCACUAGAAAUACAGUCGUAAAAGUACGGCAUCCUCAUUUUGAAAUCAUCUACGAGAGCAAAUUAUGUUUUUACCAGCCAUAACAUGGGCCUCGUAUUUUAUCCUACAACUGCUGCCUUUUGUGGAAAACAAAGGACAUGAGCCAUUCAAAUAAUUAUUCCCUCAUAUAGCAAGGCCCUGCUUCCCUAGAAAUACCAGGAAAACCAAAGAUAGCACAUGUUUGAUCAAAGAGCACUUACCGUGCUAUAUGCAUUUUCCAUAAUGAGUGUGGGGAUUAACCAUGAUUUGGCACACAUAUUAUCUUUGGACUUUGUCCAGUGCAGAGUGGGGAACUUUCAAAAAGUCAUCUGAUAUGUCCCUUCCAUUGGAUUUUUCUUUCUGAAAACGAGAUGAUAAAGUGCAGUUUAGUUUCUCAUGCCCUCUUUUCUGAACCAAUCAGUGCUUCAGUCUGACUUUUGUAUAUGUUUGUAAUAUAGGCUAACCUCUGUGGUGUAUAUAUACAGCGCAUUUGUAUGCACAUCUACAGACUCCUCAUCUGUUGCUUUGGGACCAAGAACAACGCUACAUCUGUUAGAUAUAUCUGAAGAUAAACACAGUAACAAGACUGUUUUCAGCUAGAUACUUCAGAAUGCUGGAGUCAAACAGAAGAUUGUGAACUGAAAUGAGAAAUAAUAGCCUAAUAAAAGACAAAACAAACCUCCAGUGCUAAUCUGAAUAAAAAAGAACAAACGUUUGAUUUAGACCAAAGCGUUGAAGCUAAAACGUUAAUGAAGCUGAGUCAUUGGAAGUGUAGUUUGUUCAGGACUGUCCCAUCUGCUACAUGUUAAUAAUGCAAGAUGUUUACACCAGAGCCUUUGUCCAGUUUUACAGCACAUUGUUGAAUACCAAAUCAUUUAUAGAUACUACAUGCCUUGUUUAUUCUUGAAGCAGGCCUCGAGAAGUCAGACUUUUUUGAAUUCAGUCAAGUUGCAGGAGUGUUUUAACUAAACCAAGUCGUACUCUUGAGUUUAAAAUGAGUCCGUUAUUGAAUCCUACAUCGAUUGGAACUCACUCGCAAAACCAAACAUGAAAAUGACAAAUGGCUAACAACGUGUCCCCUAAAACACAAACUUUGAGUAUCAGCUGUAUUUUGGAGUGCAAAUGAGCGAAAGAAUGAAGGGUCUGUGUUGACAAGCUGAUUUUUUUCUUUUUACUUUUGAGUUCAUAUUGAAGCUGAAGUCUUCAUUUGGCCCCUGCCUAGAUGGAUGUUCACAAAAAAAAAAAGCCACCGACCUUUUCUAUUACAGCUUGUAAAGUGAGCACUUUGAGAA